UUGCAAUCUAAAUUAAAGCUUGGUUUAAUUCUAAUAUAAAGUAACAAUGGGGCUGUGUAAAUGUCCAAAAAGAAGAGUAACGAAUCAAUUUUGUUUCGAGCACAGAGUUAAUGUUUGUGAAUAUUGUAUGGUGACGAGUCACCCGAAGUGCAUUAUUCAGUCAUAUUUGCAAUGGUUACAAGACAGUGACUACAAUCCCAUAUGUGAAAUUUGCACAAAAUCUCUCAGUGAGGGCGAGUGUAUUCGACUUACUUGUUAUCAUGUAUUUCACUGGACAUGUGCUGAAGCUAAAUAUAGGGCCUUGCCUCGCACAACUGCACCAGCAGGCUAUCAGUGUCCAUCAUGUGCCACUCCUGUGUUCCCCCCAUCCAAUCUAGUCUCACCAGUAGCUGAUGAACUUCGAGAAAAGCUGGCUGGAGUAAACUGGGCUAGAGCUGGCUUAGGUCUGCCUCUGCUUUCAGAAGACCAAGACAUGAAAGGCGCAGUUGGACGUCGAUCCCAAUCUCCAAUUGAUCAUCAUUCACCAUUUUAUACAAGCACAGUGGACAACCCUCGAGGCACGCCAGUGGGCGCGAGCGAUGACGAGUCUACCGGCAGGUCCGCUAAUGGCACUCCACAUUCCAUUGUACAGAUAUCUGACGAACCAGUCAACAUUUAUGACAGCUCUUCACUAAAGAGAACUGACAGUUUACAAGGAGGUCAAGCUCCACGAAAAAGCGUUAAGACGAAUGAACCAUUAAAACUGAAUACAAACUAUGAUCAUGAUGAGAAUAAGUACAAGCAGAAAUCUACAUUCGCCUGGAUCAGUAGAUGGUGGAAGAACUCACUCCCAUCUUCUCGAGUGCGAAGAGCCGGAGGCAUCUAUAGACGUUAUUGGAUCAUGCUGUUCGUUCUGAUAGCAAUAAUAGUAGUCCUAGUGCUACUCAGCCGCAGAGACGUCGAUGAUGAGAACCCCUUCGCUUUUAUCCAGGAUGAUAACCAGAGGGUAUUACAGAAAAACUGAUAAAACGUAUUUAGUCUCCAAAAACAAGCAAUUUCAAAAGUGAUAUAUAAUAAACCCAAUUAGAUGUAUUAUAUUAAUUUUAUUUCACUUUAAAUAAUAUGUUAACUUAACUAUUCCAUAACAUAAUGAAUAAGAUGUUAAAUAAAGUUUCAAAAGUCAGGCUUCAUUUGUUUUAUUAUGUGAGUAACAAAAUGUAAAUACAAUAAAUUGGUAAAUGCUUAUCAAAGCUGAAUGUGUAAAUCAUUUGUUAAUAUUGCUACAAUUAAAAGCUUAGCUUACAUAACUUUUGAACAUGUCUCCACUUCCUUAUUCAAAAACAUUACAGAAAAGAUAUCGUUGUAGAAGUCGGGAUAAUAUUCGCAUGCGCGACGACAGUCUGGCAUCCAAUUCAUCUCCAAGAGAAUGGGUUGAAUGACCUUUUCAUUUCCCACUUCACGCCAACUCAGCAUAAUAUCGGCAGCAUACAAUGCUUUAGAUUGUGGGCUCUUUCCUAUUCCACAAGGAGGCCCCUUUAGUGUAGCUGCAUCAAAUAACUCUGACAACAUCUUGAAUAUUGAUUUUUCAACAUCUGCCCAAUCAUAGUUGGCAAACUGCCUAGACCACUCAGCUUUGAAAUCUGCACAUAACAUCUUAAAAAGUUGUGCAGUACCACUGUAAUUCAUAACUGUAAAGUGUUUUUCAUAGUCUUCAAAGCUGUCUAAAGAGAAGGGUUUAUUAGCAAACCUAAGGAAGAAAUUAUUGUAAACAUAAACCUCUGUUGGUCGAACAGAUGUUAACAGUAUCACAUAGCGAAUGUCAAACUUUACCAGGCCAACAUCUGGUCUUUCAAAGAGAACUGGCUUGUCAAUAUACUUCUGGGCUAUUUUAGGGCCAGUCAGAGGUAAUCGGCAUAGAAAAUCUAAAUUGUCACUGAUAUAGGUGUCCAAUCCCCUUGCAAGGUUGUAUGGUUUACAUAUCCAGUGGUUAUCUAAUCCAGCUUUCUUCCUCUGCAUGUAAUAUGCAACAAACUUAGGUAGCUCAGUUUUCAUAUUAAAGGUUGUAGGCAACCAAACUGGGUUUGUGACAAGGGAGUUACUUUCAUCACAGUACUUUUCUGAAGAACGUCUAGCAAUUACCGCUAGCAAAUCUUUUAUUGUCAUCACAUAUUCAAAUGGAAAUUGAUUAACAAAUUUCUGUGGCGUUUGAACACUUAAAUCUUGAAAUUCUUUAAAAUGGUUAAUGUACCAUAGUACAUCAGCAUCAUUUUCAUUGUCAACUAUUUCAAACUCUGGAGCUGUAAGAUGUUCAUUAAUAUAUCUGUACUCUGAGUACACUUUUAGUUUAGUAGAAUUAUUAAACUCUCUUACUUUUAACAAAUCCAGUUCUGGGAGAGUUUCCACUAUGUGACCCUCUAGAAAAUAUUUGGAGCUUGGCUCCACCUGAACAAAAUCUUCCCCAAAAUGUUCAUAGUGCUUCCAUGGGAUGAGCAUUGCUUCUCUCUGCAAGGGAUCAGGGAACUGACCCUCUACAAAAUUUCUGGUGACCAUGUCACCUUCUUCAACAUCUUUUACUGGAAACAGUAGAGUGUAAGUUAAUUGUUCAGGCACAUAUAUGAAAGGCACUGCUCGGAAAUUGGGCGUGUCUGAAUGAGUAAUGCCAGAACCCAAUUCGUCUAAGACGUACCACACUGGAACUCGUUCUUCAAUAGAAAAAUCAUCACCACCAAUUGCAUAAGUGUGUGCAUACUUCCACACAGCUUUUGAUACUUCUUCUAUUUGUUCCUCUGUAGUUUCUGAAGAUACUUGCAUCAAGUUACACAUUCUUUCCAAAAGCCCCGGCACAUUUCUUAGACUACUUUUAAUACUAUUUGCCUUAAAAGUCCACGCAUGGUCAAUCAAGUAAACAUGACUAGCGUCUGAGCACUCGAUAUCCCUGAUUGCAAUCACACUCCAUAAGGGAUCGUAGGGCAUUUUUUCCGUAUCUUCAUAAUCUAUUUGAACCAGUUGGAAUGUUAAACCGGCAUCAAAAAUUUGGUCAGUUAUUUUCUUGCAUACUGAUGGCCAGAAAUGUUCAGGUACACCAGAUAGAACUAACUGCGGUUUAUGUAAUGCUAAGAAAUUAUUGUAGGUCGUUAUCCCGUCCAUUUUUGUCGUUUAGGCCUGUAAUAAGCGAAAAUCAACGAGACGAGUAGGUUAUAUUCUCGUCCCGACUUCCCGUUCAAUACGAUCAGCUGUGUUAACGUCACUUUACU